GAAAAAGGGAUCUAAGAAUCGAGAAUGAGACUGUGUACACUUUGCCAGAAGGAGCGUGCGGUACUCAAACGGCCAAAGACUGGUCAGCAGAUUUGCAGAAACUGUUUCUAUGCAGUCUUUGAAACAGAGGUGCACAAUACAAUACAAGAGAAUGAACUUUUCAAACGGGGUGAUAAGGUGGCUAUUGCAGCGUCAGGAGGCAAAGAUUCUACGGUGCUGGCUCAUGUCAUGACCACGCUUAAUGAGCGUUACGGAUAUGGUUUGGACCUGUUCCUUCUUUCGGUGGACGAGGGUAUUACCGGAUACAGAGACGACUCCUUGGAGACUGUUAAAAGAAACGAACAGCAGUAUAAGAUACCUCUCAAGAUUGUCUCAUAUGAAGAACUUUACGGAUGGAGCAUGGAUGCCAUCGUGAAGGAAAUUGGAAUGAAGAACAACUGCACGUUCUGUGGAGUGUUCCGACGUCAAGCGCUAGAUAGGGGGGCUGCAUUACUGCAAGUUGAUCAUAUUGUAACGGGACAUAAUGCGGAUGAUAUUGCUGAGACGGUGCUAAUGAAUAUUCUGCGAGGGGACUUUUCCCGGCUUCAGCGAUGUACUGCGAUUCGUACUGCGACCAAUGAAACCAUCCCCCGGUCAAAGCCUUUCAAAUACACCUAUGAGAAAGAAAUUGUGAUGUAUGCAUACUUUAAAAAGCUCGACUAUUUCUCGACAGAGUGCAUAUACUCGCCAAAUGCAUAUCGAGGAUACGCACGUGCGUUCUUGAAAGAUUUAGAGUCAAUACGGCCCAGCGCGAUUAUGGAUAUCAUUCACUCCGGGGAGGCCUGGGAAUCGAAAAUUGAAGUUAAAGUCAAUACGCCUGUCGAUGGACGAGUGAUUGUCGGUUCCUGUGAACGAUGUGGCUACAUGUCUAGUAAUAAACUAUGCAAGGCAUGUGUAUUAUUGGAGGGUCUCAACAAAGGGCUGCCAAAAUUGGCAAUUGGAAAUUCGACCAAAUAUAAAAGGGAACAAGACAAGCGGGACGCGUCGGCAAGAGCGCGAGUGUGUGAUCCAGCAACACCAUCAGGACGCUCACCCAGCUAGGAAAAGUGUGAAGAUUAUGUAUAGUUAUUCAGCAUAUUCCAUAGAUCGCCGACCCCAACUCGGGUCACUGGCGCACUAGGCAUGUAGUUAGCAGAGACGGUUUGAGUGGAAGUAGUGAUACAGCUGUAGGAAGGAACGAUUUUGCGCGUGGAUAUGGUCAGGUUCACGUCGUAUCCCUCGGCUGACGCAUAUACAAUAAUGGAGCUGUUUCUGUCACUACCUCGUUCAUCUCAUGUAUCAAAUCUCAUAGCCCUCAAUCUGAAAAGACUAUAGAAGAG